CAUCCCAAGAGUGAUGCAGGCCAAGAUGCAGCAUCUGUCCUCUCAGGUAAAAGAUGCAUGCAAAUCGCAUGCUUUGGUCACCUUUUUUAACUCUCGGUGUCCACGUGUUCUCUCAGGUUUUGACUUCGCUAAUCUUCGCCUCGUUCGACUUAUUGACCGACUUGGCCGUCCCAUAUGGUUAGUGCAUAGUACAUAUACAUAAGACCAAUGGCGACCAUCGUUGGAUUGUCGUUUGGUGUGUUUCUGGGUGCAGUGGUGGUUGCUAGUGGUACACUCAAGAGAGCUUUGAUGCGGUGCCUGUCCUCAUGGAAAGUCCGACAUCAGCACUCAAACGAGACGCCCGAUACCGUUACUGGCGAAGACACCCACAACACUGAAGAAACAAUAACCGACAAGCAGCCGCCGGCCAAGCUGCUCAGCCGUCUGUCCACCACUGUGAUGAGCUUCUACACAGGGAGUAGUCGCACAGGUGCCAGCACUCUCUUCAGCCGCCAAUCGCUGAGGUCCCUGAGCUCAUUUCUCGAUGUCCCCACACGAGUUGUCCAGUUCAAGCUUCACCCGAUAUUCCUCAGGAGGCUCAGCGACGUAAGGGAGGAGCAUGUCAGUUUUCUUUAUACCUUCAAAUCACACGUCUCCCCCAUUUUCUGGCUGAUUUCCGUCGACGGAUGAUGAAUGCAGCAGAUGCACGCUUACGGGUUGGCGGAACUAACGGUGCUUAUUCUCACAAACGCAUCUAUCAUCACUCUCGGCCAGGUGCUCUCUCCAUCACUUCCGCAGCUGCUUGAACGAGUGGCCGGUCUGCUGAUCAUGGUGCUUAUCGAGGUGGUCUUUGAGGGCAUACUAUUCGUUUGGCUUGUCCGAUCCGCCGAUUUGCCUCUCCUGAGAAGCAUGGCGGAGCCCGGUGUUAUGAAAAUGCACUUGGUUGGACUGGCAACCGCCGGCGGCAUAUUCAUUAUACGUGGAGGGCCAUACUUGCUGCUUUUACUGUUGAGUGCUAUGGAUGAAAGCAGAUACGAACGAAU